CUUGUGCUCAGCGACAGAACAGGACGGGGGGCGCAGAGCUGCGGGUCAUCUUUACUUCCUCUCUCAUUCACACUUUAGCGGUGAAGUGAAGUCAAGGACGGACGCGGAUCAGCUGAAGGACCCGCUGUGAAGGAGCUGCUGACUUUGUUGUCGUUACCCGGACAGGACGCGCUUGGAAACGGCUACAACGGGCCGUGCAUGGAUGCACAAUGUCUUCGUUUGUGUGCCGGGUUCAGUUUUUAGACGACACCGAUCCGUUCAACAGUACCAACUUCCCCGAACCGACCCGACCACCUCAAUACACGUUCAGAGAAGAUAUUCCCCUGAUCAAUCAGAUCGCCGGAGUUCACCGACUCCUCAAAGCGCCACAUAAGCUCGAUGACUGCGCCCUUCAGCUGUCUCAUAAUGGAGUUUAUCUGGAUCUGGAGUUAUCACUGGAUGAACAGAGAGAUGAACUGGAGGGAUUUCUGCAGGACGACUGCGGAGGGAGGGGGAAGAAACACAGUGUGAUCUUACGCACUCAACUGAGUGUCCGUGUUCACGCGUGUAUCGAGAAGCUGUAUGUUUCAGAUGGACGUGACCUGAGGAGGGCGCUGUUUUCUCUCAAGCAGAUAUUCCAGGAUGAUAAAGAUCUGGUUCAUGAGUUCGUGAUGGCGGAGGGUCUCACCUGUCUGAUAAAGGUCGGCUCAGAAGCGGAUCAGAAUUAUCAGAACUACAUCCUCAGAGCUUUGGGUCAGAUCAUGCUGUACGUGGAUGGGAUGAACGGGGUCAUAGGUCACCCUGAGACCUUAGAGUGGCUCUACCUGCUGAUUGGCUCAAAGUUUCGUCUGGUGGUGAAGACGGCCCUGAAACUGCUGCUCGUGUUUGUGGAAUAUUCAGAGUCGAACGCAGUUUUACUGAUUCAAGCCAUCAGCAGUGUGGACACAAAGAGAGGUUGUAAGCUGUGGUCAAACGCUGUGGAGAUUCUGGCAGAGAGGGACGGAGUGGACACUGAACUGCUGGUGUAUGUGAUGACACUCAUUAAUAAGACGCUGGCUGCUUUGCCUGAUCAGGACUCGUUCUAUGAUAUGGUGGAUGUUCUGGAGGAGCAGGAAAUGGAGUCUGUGUCCCGCAGGUAUCUGGGUCGCAGGGGAACUGAUCUGGAUCUUCUGGAGCAGCUCAACAUCUAUGAGGCGACUCUUCGUCAUGAAGAUGGGGAUGAGGACAGUUUGCCACCAUCUUCCGGUCGUCAAGAGAGACGUGGGUCCAGUAUCGGUGGAGGAGAGAGGCGGGGCUUAGAAAGACGUCGCAGCCGCAGACAUUCAUUGGCCAGAUCAGGCCACGCCUCCCCAAACCGUACAAACUUCCAGCAGUUUAAUGGACAGGAACUCAACGAAAAAGAGGAAGAUGAGGAGGACUCUGCACUCACAGAGUCUAAUGAUGAUGAUGAUGAUGAAGGGGAAAGGAAUCCUUCAUCGGGUGUCAUCAGCGCACCUGACGAUAAAUCAGACGACUUAGACAAACACACAGAAAGCUUCACAUCGACGGCUCGCACAGAAGAGGACGAGCGAGAGGAAGAGGAGAGGAGGAGCUCAUCAAGCUCAGCCCCGCUCACUCCUGACUCCACCCAACCAUCGCAACUAGCCACUCUGCUCGCACAACGCAAGUCCUCCGUCAGCGUGCCGCCAACCAAUGAGGUCGUCCCGCCUCUGCGCGGCUCUGCUCAACCGUGCAACCGCUUGCCAUACCUCCCUCACUCGCCGUUCUUCCUCUUCUCUUAUGAUGUGGAGGAGGAGAAACCAGUGGAGAAGAGCGGCAGGUCCUUUUCGGCUAUAAGUGCUCCAUCUACACCAACCAAACCACAAAGCGACAGACCUGCUCUGGGCGGUCUUCUCUCGUCUUCGUACCGGCAGCAUCAGGAAUCACUCGCAGCAGAAAGAGAGAGGCGACGGGUCGAGCGAGAAGAGCGACUGCAACGGAUAGAGAGAGAGGAGAGAAAUCGACAAAGUCGAGACUAUGUGGCGAACAUGGAGGAGGCGAGACAUGCUCGUGAAGAAAGGUUUAAGACGGUGGAGAGAAUAGCCGCGGAGGAGUUUGAAAGAGAUCGUGUGCGUUCAGCACCUUGCGGUCUCAGCCUCACUCUCAGUCCUUCUGACAACUGUCAAUCAUCCCGCAGUGCCACACCCUCCUCGGUGACAUCACAGGAUGACCAGGACACACCUGUCACAUCGUACCCGUCUUCUGAACCAGACACCAAUGAUCUAGAACCGGACAUGGGGGCCACUCUAGAACCUGAGGAGAAAGUGCCAGAACCCAGAGAAGAACAGGAAGAAGAAGAGGAAGUGGAGGAGAUAAGUGCUGAACAGGAAGUGGGCGGGGCUGAAGAGCAGGUUGCAGAGGAUGAGGAGGAGCCUGAACGGGAAGUUCCUGAUGGAGAAGCAGAAGACAGCGGGAUCUUGAGUGAUAAAGAACGACAGAGUGAUGAAGUGAACGAGAAAGAUAACUGCUCUGCAUCCAGUAUAUCAUCUGCCAGUAGUACACUAGAGAGGGAAGAUCGACUCGGCAGCAGCGAGACCGGUCAGUGGUCUCAAAGCAUCAACGCUAAUGAACAACGCAGCAAGAUCCUCCACAGCAAACACUUCAUGCUGGACAUGCUGUACUCACAGAGCGAAAAACCCUCCGAGGAAGACGAGGAUGAAGAAGAGCUCGCAGAGGAGAAAGAUCAAGACGUAAACGAGAGAGAGCAGGGCGCCGAUUCGGCCGUGUUGGCGCUGGACGCGAGUUCACAGGAAGAGAACAGCCGUAAGAGCGACGGAGACAAGAAAGUCGAGAAUCAGGGCAACGUGCGGGCGUUCGCCGAACGCUUUGGAGAUCUGGUGAAGGGUCUCAGCUCUCCACCAACAGAAAUGCAGGAAGGUCCAGAGAAACAGUUGGCCCCUCCUCCUCCACCCCCUCAGCCUCCAAAGAAAGAGUCGGACUACAUCUGGGACCAGUUGAUGGAGAGUCCGCGAGAGCUCCGCAUUGGUGACAUCAACUUCACAGAUCUCGGCGACGAGGAUGACCAGGACAUCUUGGAUUCUGGAAGUCUGUUGAGCUCUGGAGAUCUGCCCCAUGCCCCACCCCCUCCACCCCCCUGCCCCUUCAACCUGCCCCCACCUCCAUCAAUGUUCGGCUGUCCUCCUCCACCUCCCAUGUUCAACAUCAGGAUGCCUCCACCUCCUCCCUGUUUCUCCACCCCGGCGGUGCCGGCUCCCGGAAUGCCCCAGCUGGGCGGAGGAGAACCGCCACUCUUCCAGAAAAGAAAGAAGACCAUCAGGUUGUUCUGGAGCGAGGUCCGGCCUGCAGACUGGAUCUACCGGAACCACAAACGCAGCCAAGAAUCACUUUGGUCCAAACUUGAACCUGUCAAACUUGACACCGCAAAACUUGAACAUCUGUUUGAGAGCAAAUCCAAAGAGAUGCCCGUAACCAAGAAAACAGCCGCAGACGGGAAGCGUCAGGAAAUUAUCGUUCUGGAUUCGAAACGCAGCAACUCCAUCAACAUCGGUUUGACGGUUCUCCCGCCGCCACGCACCAUCAAAACCGCCAUACUGAACUUUGACGAGUACGCGCUCAACAAAGAGGGCAUCGAGAAAAUCUUAACCAUGAUUCCGACGGAAGAAGAGACGCAGAAGAUCCAGGAAGCUCAGCUGGUCAAUCCCGACCUCCCGCUGGGAAGUGCCGAGCAGUUUCUCCUGACGCUCUCGUCCAUCAGCGAGCUCUCGGCACGUCUGCAGCUCUGGGCCUUUAAACUCGACUAUGAGACCACAGAGCAGGAAGUGGCUGAACCACUACAGGACCUGAAGGAGGGCAUGGAUCAGCUGGAGAAGAAUAAAACCCUGCGAUACAUCCUUUCCACACUGCUCGCGAUAGGAAACUUCCUGAAUGGCUCAAAUGCUAAAGGUUUUGAUCUAAAUUACCUUGAGAAGGUUCCGGAAGUGAAGGACACGGUUCAUAAACAGUCUCUGCUCCAUCACGUGUGCAGUAUCGUCGUGGACAGCUUCCCCGACAGCACAGACCUCUACUCUGAGAUUGGCGCCUUAACACGCUCAGCCAAGGUGGAUUUUGACCAGCUACAGGAGAACUUGACUCAAAUGGAGUGGCGCUGCAAAGCAUCAUGGGACCAUCUGAAAGUGAUCGCAAAGCAUGAGAUGAAGCCUGCGCUGAAGCAGAAGAUGUCCGACUUCCUGAAGGAUUGCGCCGAGAGAAUUAUCAUCCUCAAAAUAGUCCACCGCAGAAUCAUGAACAGGUUUCAUGCGUUCCUGUUGUUCCUGGGUCACCCAGCGUACAGUGUUCGUGAAAUCAGUGUAAAUCGUUUCAGUAAGAUCAUUAGUGAGUUCGCUCUGGAGUAUCGGACCACACGCGACCGCGUCCUACAGCAGAAACAGAAACGUGCCAACCACAGAGAGAGAAACAAGACACGAGGCAAAAUGAUCACGGACAUCAACCAGCAGACUGAUGAUGAAGAAGAAUGUGAGGCUGGUCGCUUGGGUGGGAAAAGCAGUAGUGUGACCCCUGCUGUAGCGCAGGAGAGUGAGCCGCAGGGUUUGGGUCACGCUGAAGAUGCAGCAGAACAUGAGCAAAUGAAGGCAGUCCUAAAGACCAGCCUACAGGGCAGCGACAGUGACACCGCCGUGGUACCUGGAUUACGUACCCGCACACGCACAAGAGCCAGCCGAGGUCGAAACGCAUGGGCCGCUGUAAAUGAAGACCCUCAGUGUGUAACAGAUGAUGCUGCUGAUGAGAUCAUGGAGAGAAUCGUUCGUUCAGCCACUCAGAGUACCAGAGAAAGAGCACAACCCUGUGAACGACGACGCUCGCGAGCAAACAGAAAAUCACUGAGGAGGACUUUGAAAGGUGGUCUGACCCCAGAAGAAGCGAAGGCACUGGGAUUUGACUCGUCAGAGAUGCCAGUUUAAUACCACAUCCUGCCUGACCCGUUAACAGAACUCAUCUCAGGAGGAUUCAUUCUGACGAUACAACAUUACCCAACACACCAGAGAAACAAACAUCUUAUUCAUGAAUCAGCUGCACAUUUUAUGUUUUCUAAAUAUUUCAUGCAUAACACGGAAGCGACACUUCCUGUGAUGAUGUUGCUCCGCCUUUAUUAUUUUAUACUUCACCACGCCCUCUCCAUCACGCCACACCUCAUAACUCUACUAGCCAACCACACGCCUUCUAGCAGCCGUUUGUUGAACUGCAGUUUUGUGUCAAUGACGAAUUUUACUGUGAUGUUUAUAAAUUCCCUUUAAAGGUACACGCUAAUGAAAUAUUCACUUGAACCGAGUUAAUGACUUAGAAACGCAAGAAUACACUUAACACAGGGUUUGACUUUAUUCCUCAGUUUAGUUAUUUCUAUUGAAAAUUCAUAUCAGAAGGAAAGUACAGAGCGGUCUGCUUCACAUCGAGUUAUAUUAUAUUCCUGACGUGGGGCUUUAAAUGUCCAGUCACUAGAUUCACUUUAUGUCCGCAUUAGUACCAUUGGUUUUUCAGAUUGUGACCCGUAGCUUUGGUUUAUUUAUUUAAAAAUGUACGGUUUUAUAAGAGGAAAGAAGGGAUACUAAAUAAAUAUUUAAUGUUUUCAUCUAACAAUCCCAGAUGAGGUUUUGGACAGUGCAACACAUUUAGUGUCCUGUUGAUUCUCAAGCAUUAACACGCAACCACACGCAAACUCAGACAAGCAGUCCGUUUGAUGAUUGGCCGUCUGUUUAGAAUAUCAUUUCCAUUUCAGGUUUUACAUUUUGUGUCCAUUAUACAUAGGUCAAUUCAUGACAGAUAGAGCUGAAUAUAUAAAUUCUGCGCAUCCAUUGGCAUUUCCACUAGAAGCAUCUUUCGGUUAAGACACACAAAUGUAAUGUCUAUAAAUGUGCCUUUGAUACAGAAGGGACUUUAGAAUAACAUGCAAAUGGAUUUGAUCUCACUUCGUCAGGUGGUUUGGCCAAAUCCAAGACGUUUUACGUCAAACCAGAGGCCACAUGCUAAACAACACAGUGUUUUUGUACCAUUUCAGCUUUGUAUUUUUGGGUCAUUCUCGUGAGUUUUUUGUAUCUGACCUGUUUGUGCGUAUUAGUCGUAAUGGUCUGAUGUGGUGACUUGAUGCUGUUCAGGUCUGUUGGAGGAUACUGCAAUGAGAACUGCCGUGCUGCACCGUAACAUCCAAUAUUAUUUGGGAUUUUUAUGAAAACAAACACGACUUGUAUAAAUAACUAUUUAUAUGCAAUCUACAUCAGAUGCACUCUCUCCAAACAUUAUUCUAAAAUGUACAAAAUGGUGAACAUACAAUAUUUUUGACGAUGAAAGAGACUGUAAAAUGUUGUGACUUAUUUUCUUUUGUAAUUUUUAUAGAUCGCGGUCUAAUAUUAAUGGGGUUUUUCUGUACAUUGUAACUUAAGACAACUAAAGCCAUAAACACCUAGCACAGUGUUUCAGAGGAUGUGCUCCGCUCGCAAGAACAAAACUGAUUUGUUUGGACAGUAUAACUGUAUAUUUGAGAUCAUGCCUUAUAGAAGAAACUGCUGAACUCAGGCUUGCAUAGAUCCACAGUGUGUGUUACCCUGGAAUAAUCGACAUAAUGUUCAGUGUCUUUGGAACUCAUUUAGCAAAACUGAAAGCCUUGUACUUUACCAUAUUUCCACUUUGAUUCACGUGCACACUCUACAAUAAACGCCUCUCUGAAGUAGACAGCCAAUGAUUGUGUGUGUUUGACUUAGACGAGGUCUAUUGUAGGUCCUAUAUUUCUAUUCGAAUACUCAAUUACUGUUUAAUGCAUGGGUAGUUUCAGUCAGUUUAAUCACGUUCUAUAUUAAUGCAUCAGAUAAAACUACCUCCGGUCGCGGGUAUAGUGUUGCACGUCUGAUGAGUCUCAGAACAGGAAUUAACCAUCACGAAACACAACAUCAUGUCAUGCAAUGCAGUCUUUAAAUCAACUGUGACGCACUACAGGGAAACGGAAAGACACCAGUGUCCAUCAGCCGUAUUACUGAGUCCGCCCUAAAGAGAAUUACAAAUCCUCUUACAUAAGGCUUGUGUGGAAAGUAUGGUUUGACAUUCAGCUAUGUUUUGCACGCUGUCCGGCAAGACGGGGGAAAUUAUUUGAACUAUAAUAAGAUAAACAUGAUCUAAUAUUGUGGUUCGGUUCAGCAUGUGCCGCUGACAAUCGCUCGAGGGUGCCGCACGCUCGUGCAGUGCCGACUGAAGGGCUGAAUCCAGACGGGUUUAUAAAUCGAAGCCUUCUGCAGUUUAGUAAUCGUGCAAGGACAUACUGCAAUUUCAUUCUGCAUUCAAUCAAUCAUGCAGCCUUAACAGAUCAAUACCGAUGUCUCAGAGGUGCAAGUCUGCAGGUUUUAAAGCAUGCAAGUGCCUCUUUAACACGGUCACGUCUGUAACAGAGAGAGGUCACGUCAUCAUUAUUGAGAAAAUAACAACCGUCUACAUUCUGUGGCUAUUAUUAUUUCUGGAUUGUGCAUUUAAGAGUUUCUGAUCUCCCCACAAAUGUUGAAAUAAAAGUAAUAUCACACUA